AUCAAUCAUGUCUGAAACAUCACUUUAUGCACAUUGCAUAGCCCUGCCUCCCGAGCAGGUUUUUAGGAAUUUAAAGAAUGCAAAACGUUUUGCUAUAGAUAUCGGUGGAUCACUAUGCAAAUUAGCAUACUAUUCAAACUUGCACAAGAAACAAAGUCAUUGCUCUGAAGCAGGAAAGCAAACAGAAGAUGAAAAAGAAAGCCCUAUGUUGUAUGUAGCUGGAGAAGAGGAGGAAAUUGCUACCCGUCUUCAUUUUAUUAAAUUUGAAACUAAGUAUAUUGAAAGUUGUCUUGAUUUUAUCAAGCAGAACUUGAUAGAAAAUGAAGAACAAAUGAACGGAAAAAAUGUGAAGGCGACCGGAAGUGGAUCACUUAAGUAUAAAGAACUUUUAUCUGAGAAACUAGGAGUAACGAUUGAAAAAGAAGAUGAGAUGGAGUGUUUGAUAAAGGGGUUACAUUUCCUGCUGAGGAAUAUUCCAGAUGAAGCGUUCAUCUUGCAGCGACAUGCCAAUCAGAAGUAUCAGUUUCAGCCAUCAGACCAAAACUUGUUUCCCUACCUGCUGGUUAAGAUUAGCUCAGGGGUCAACAUUUUUAAGGUCGAAUCAGAAACACAGUACGAGAGAAUCGGAGGCUCAGCUAUGGGUGGUGGAACUUUCUGGGGGCUAGGCUCCCUGCUCACAAAAGCUAAGGGUUUUGAUGAACUGCUUCAACUAGCCAUGGCUGGUGAUCAUCGCAACGUGGACAUGCUGGUCAAGGACAUCUAUGGUGGUGCCUACUCUGCUACAGGACUGCCAGAAGACUUACUAGCUUGUCACUUUGGCAGAACUGGCAAACAUUCGAUGGACGACCAAUUUAGCUCAGAAAAUGGUAACUAUGCACGUGAAGACAUUGCAAAGAGCCUUCUGUUGAUGAUCAGCUAUGGAAUCGGACAAAUGUCGUGUCUGUAUGCAAACCAAGAAAACAUGAAGCGUGUUUAUUUUGGAGGUUACUUUAUUUGUGGACACCCAGUCACCAUGAGAGCCAUCACAUUUGCUCUCAAUUACUUUUCAAAGGGUGAAGUACAAGCCUUAUACUUGAAGCAUGAGGGUUACUUAGGUGCUAUUGGUGCUUUCCUCAAGGGUGCAGAAGAGGAUGACACUGAUAAAUACCAAUGGGGUGAGAAUUUUGCUGGCAGUUCAGGAUUUAGUAGCCCGACACCCAAUGCCGUAGCCAGCUAUUGGGACAAAUCCUGGCUACGGCAUUGCCAACACCCUUCAUUGAUUUCUCAGAAACGGACACACCUAGCACUUUUAUUGGAACAAGGUAAUUUUGGUUUUUUGGAAGCAAAGUGUGGCCUCCAACCCAGACCUUGGUUGGUGGAUGACAUGGAUGCCUGGUUAGAAAGACUAAAGGGUCCACCUCAUAAAAGAGUGGUUAUAUUUGUGGAUAACAGUGGUGCUGAUAUUAUUUUGGGGAUAUUUCCACUAGUUAGGGAGUUCCUAAAGCGAGGAACACAGGUUAUCUUAUCUGCCAACUCAAAGCCCGCCCUCAAUGACAUCACUCAUUAUGAGUUAGUCAUAAUUGUAGAGCGCAUUAUAACUAUGGAUGAGACCAUACGCACAGCCCUCUAUGAGAAACAGUUACAGCUGAUUCAAAAUGGCAGUGGCUCUCCUUGUUUAGAUCUCAGUCGCAUUGAUCAAACAAUAGCAGCAUGCUGCGAGGAAGCAGACCUGAUAAUUCUUGAAGGCAUGGGUCGUGCGAUUCACACAAACUACAGUGCAUGUUUCUCUUGUGAAUGUCUAAAGCUUGCGGUGCUGAAAAAUAAAUGGCUUGCAGAGAGGUUUGGAGGCGACAUGUUCAGUAUUGUAGUCAAAUAUGAGGUGGUACAGUAAGGCAGCAAAUUACAAUAUUAUUAUCUGAGAAGUUUGGUGGUGACAGGUUUAAUAUUUUCAUCAAAUAUAUAUAUAUGUGAAGGUGUUUUAUGAAAUAUGAAUAUUAUAAUUAGGAUGGUGAUGACAACAAUAUGAUUAACGAGGAAGAUGAGGAUGAUGGAUGAUGAUGUAUAU